AUGAGUGAUAAAUUAACGAAGACCUUACAGAGAUUCAAUGCGAGAAUUGAAGCUGGUGAUUAUUAUGAAGCCCAUCAGACGUUAAGAACCAUUGCUAAUAGAUAUGUGCGGGCCAAAAAGUAUGAUGAAUCGAUUGAUUUGAUUUCUCAUGCAGCCGGUGCGUUUUUGAGGUCCAAGCAAGGUGGUUCUGGUUCAGAUUUGAUCUUCUAUCUACUUGAAGUUUACGAUUUGGCAUCGGUUCCAUGCAAUGACUCUUCGGUCUCUAGACUCAUUCAAUUACUCGUCCUCGUUGACGGCCAGGAACCAAAUUUAAAGGAUGUAGUGACAGGGAUGAACAAUUGGUCUGUGAAACAUAGUGAAUAUAAGUUUGGUGACCCAUACUUACAUUCAGCGAUCGCUACAAAAUUACUUGAAGGUGGAUAUACAUACGAAGCGGAAAGAUAUCUAGUGCUAGGUACUCAUGACUCGAUGAAGCGGUAUGUGGAUCUACUUUGGGACUGGUAUCAGCAAUCCGGUGAGGACUCCAGUUUCCCCGAUUUCAUAUCAAGAAUGAUAUUCAACUAUUUGUUCAUCUUCAAUAUCGAAUAUGCAUUGGAGGGAUCUAAAGAACUUUUAAAACGGUUUACCAAUCACAAGACAGAUGUAAAAUUUGAGUUAACAGAGAAAGGCCCAUAUAAGAUUGAUUAUUUCUCAUCGUGGGAAUCGUUGAACUUUUUACAGUUGUUAAUAAUCGCAUGUCAAACUCAAGAAACUAUUCUUUUCCAGAAUCUAAAAUCACAAUACUCAACUCUUGCCAACAAAUACAACUCUGAGCUACAAUUCUUGGGCCAAGAAUACUUCGGUAUCAAGGUCGAGAAACCAAUCAACUUCUUGCAAGAUAUGAUGUCUGGUUUCUUUGGAGGUAAAUAA